GUGCCAUACGGAUCGGUCGUUCAGUCGUGUGAACCUUAUGUGCCCGGGCGCUAGCGGGACAACAGCAACGACGACACAGCGCACUUCACACGUGUUGCACGACGACUUGCAGGGAGCGUUUGAGCGUGUUUGUUUAGUGUACGUGAGUGGUGGAGUGCAUGUUUGUGCAAAGGUGUGCAAAAGGACAAUUUGAAAAAGGACACUCAGUGCUUGUGUGGACGCUGCCAAGCGUCGGAAUUUCGUGUAGCAUCGUGGUGCGAUCGUGCAAAACAAAAUGCGAUUGCUAGUGCUACUCGGUUGUCUGCUAGCGGCAUCUAGCAGCAAUGCUGAGAUAACGACCGUCCUGGGCCAGAACGGGUACGACUACACGCCCCCGAAAGUGCCCUUUCCGCCACCGCCGAGCUGUCCCGCUGGUGGUGUACCACCGUACUGCUGCACCAAUGGCGGUCAAGGACCUAAUUGCGUAGUCCCUACCCCACCACCACCGCCAUCUUGCCCCGCUGGUGGUGUGCCACCGUACUGUUGUACUAACGGAGGAUCCGGCCCGAACUGCUAUGUGCCACCUCCACCAACGCGACCACCACCUCCAGCGUGUCCGGCCGGUGGUGUUCCGCCGUACUGCUGUACCAACGGAGGAACUGGCCCGAACUGUUACGUGCCACCGCCUCCAACCCCACCACCUACACGACCGCCGCCGCCACCACCGAGUUGCCCAGCCGGUGGAGUUCCGCCGUACUGUUGUACCAACGGCGGAACUGGUCCGAACUGCUACGUCCCACCACCGCCACCGCCUCCGCCGACUCGCCCACCUAGCUGUCCCGCAGGAGGAGUACCUCCGUACUGCUGUACUAACGGUGGAUCCGGUCCUAACUGUUACGUCCCACCGCCCCCAACUCCUCCACCAACACGUCCACCUCCGCCAAGCUGUCCAGCGGGAGGAGUCCCACCAUACUGCUGCACGAACGGAGGAUCCGGUCCGAACUGCUAUGUGCCACCACCUCCUACUCCUCCACCAACGCGUCCACCACCACCAAGCUGUCCUGCCGGUGGAGUCCCACCGUACUGUUGCACUAAUGGCGGACAGGGUCCUAACUGUGUAGUUCCCACCCGGCCACCGAAGGGAGAUGAGUAUCUGCCGCCCUGCACGAACGGAGGCCAAGGACCGAACUGUGUAGUACCAACGCGACCACCCGUAACUCCUGCACCCAGACCGCCAUUCGGAUGUCCUAACGGAGGAGUUCCGCCAAACUGCUGUACCAAUGGAGGACAAGGACCUAACUGUGUGAUUCCGAGACCACCUCCGCCACCGCCGAGCUGUCCAGCUGGUGGAGUCCCCCCAUACUGCUGCACUAACGGAGGCUCUGGACCGAACUGUUACGUGCCACCCCCGCCAACGCCUCCACCGACUCGUCCUCCGCCUCCUCCGCCGACACGCCCUCCGAGUUGUCCCGCUGGUGGUGUUCCGCCUUACUGCUGUACCAACGGAGGAUCCGGCCCGAACUGCUAUGUUCCGCCUCCACCAACCCCACCUCCGACUCGUCCUCCGCCACCACCACCAACUCGCCCACCGAGCUGUCCGGCGGGAGGAGUGCCUCCAUACUGCUGUACUAACGGCGGAUCUGGUCCGAACUGCUAUGUCCCACCUCCUCCAACACUUCCGCCAACACGCCCACCGCCGCCACCUCCAACUCGCCCACCGAGCUGCCCUGCUGGAGGAGUUCCUCCGUACUGUUGUACUAAUGGAGGAUCUGGUCCUAACUGCUACGUGCCACCGCCUCCGACCCCUCCGCCGACUCGUCCACCGCCACCACCACCAACUCGCCCACCAAGCUGUCCCGCUGGUGGAGUCCCACCGUACUGUUGUACCAACGGAGGAUCCGGCCCGAACUGCUAUGUUCCGCCUCCACCAACCCCACCUCCGACUCGUCCUCCGCCACCACCACCAACUCGCCCACCGAGCUGUCCGGCGGGAGGAGUGCCUCCGUACUGCUGUACCAAUGGAGGAAGUGGCCCGAACUGCUAUGUGCCACCCCCACCAACCCCUCCACCAACUCGACCACCACCUCCUCCGCCAACACGCCCACCAAGUUGCCCGGCGGGAGGAGUUCCGCCGUACUGUUGCACGAACGGAGGCUCCGGGCCCAACUGCGUUGUACCGACUAGACCUCCGCCACCGACAACUCAGAGCAAUGGAUAUCUGCCACCCUGCCCUAAUGGAGGUGUCGGACCCAACUGCCAAGUACCACCAACUCGUCCACCAAGCUGCCCGGCCGGAGGUGUCCCCCCGUACUGCUGUACUAAUGGAGGAACUGGCCCCAACUGCUACGUGCCACCCCCGCCCCCACCACCACCCACUCGUCCACCGCCGACUCGCCCUCCGAGCUGUCCCGCUGGAGGAGUUCCACCGUACUGUUGCACGAAUGGAGGAACUGGCCCGAACUGUUACGUGCCACCGCCUCCGACUCCACCACCAACCCGUCCCCCACCGCCACCACCGACCAGACCUCCGAGCUGUCCGGCUGGAGGAGUUCCUCCGUACUGCUGUACUAACGGCGGAUCUGGUCCGAACUGUUAUGUCCCACCUCCUCCAACACCUCCGCCAACACGCCCACCGCCCCCUCCGCCGACCCGACCACCGAGCUGCCCUGCUGGAGGUGUUCCUCCGUACUGCUGUACUAAUGGAGGAUCUGGUCCCAACUGUUACGUGCCUCCGCCUCCUACCCCUCCGCCGACUCGUCCACCGCCACCACCACCAACUCGCCCACCAAGUUGUCCGGCGGGAGGAGUGCCACCGUACUGCUGUACAAACGGAGGAUCUGGGCCGAACUGUUACGUUCCACCGCCUCCGACUCCACCACCGACUCGUCCUCCGCCACCACCACCAACUCGCCCACCGAGCUGUCCGGCUGGAGGUGUUCCUCCUUACUGCUGUACCAACGGAGGAUCCGGCCCGAACUGCUAUGUGCCGCCUCCACCAACCCCACCACCAACUCGACCGCCACCUCCUCCACCAACACGCCCACCAAGCUGUCCUGCUGGAGGAGUUCCUCCAUACUGCUGUACUAAUGGUGGAACUGGCCCCAACUGCUAUGUACCUCCACCGCCAACCCGUCCAACGCCUCCUCCACCUACUCCAGGCAAGGAUAACGAGUAUCUUCCACCAUGCUCCAAUGGAGGAGUUGGACCUAACUGCGUUGUACCGACGAGACCGCCACCACCACCGCCAGCCUGCCCAGCCGGAGGAGUGCCACCGUACUGCUGUACCAACGGAGGAAGUGGUCCCAACUGCUAUGUGCCGCCGCCUCCCACUCCACCACCAACUCGGCCACCACCUCCUCCACCAACUCGACCACCGAGCUGUCCCGCUGGUGGAGUCCCACCGUACUGCUGUACUAACGGAGGAUCCGGUCCUAACUGCUACGUACCACCGCCACCAACCCCACCUCCAACUCGUCCUCCGCCUCCACCACCAACUCGACCACCGACCUGUCCGGCGGGAGGAGUGCCACCGUACUGCUGCACUAAUGGAGGAAGUGGCCCGAACUGUUACGUCCCACCACCACCAACACCACCACCAACUCGACCACCUCCUCCACCGCCACCGGCAUGCCCGGCGGGAGGUAUUCCACCGUACUGCUGCACCAACGGAGGCUCCGGACCGAACUGUGCGGUCCCAACGAGACCUCCACCACCACCUCCGACUAGCCCUGCACCUAGCUGCCCUAACGGUGGCGUACUGCCUUUCUGCUGCACUAACGGUGGCCAGGGAGCGAACUGCGAAGUGCCGUCCCACACGCUCGAGGAAGACGGCUACCACUACAAGCGGCCAAACAAACCGUUCACCUUCUAGCCCUAGGUGGUUCUGCGUGUGCCCGCAAGCGGUACACUUACUGUUCAUUUAAUUUUGUCUUUACUAUUUUGUUUAAGUUGAUUCGUUCAUCUGUGAAUAGCAAUAAAUGUAAACCCCUCUCUACUCUUGUACAUUUUUAACAAAA